AUGGCAACAGCAAUAAGGGAUCGAGUUAUUCCUGCUAUGGAUACUCUAGUUAAAUAUGAUAAUCCAAUCUUAGUCACAACUCGUCCAGAAAAGGUAUUCAAGGAACAGGCACCAAAAAUCGGAGCAACUGUUUGUAAAGUUGAAACUACUAUUCCUACACUUGAUACACGACACGAAACUUCUGAAAUUCUGAACAGAAUUCUGCCGCCUAAAAAAUGGGAAGAGGAUGGUCAAACAUGGACUCAACAAGUAUCAAGUACACCAGCAACAAGACUAGAUGUUAUUAAUUUACAAGAACAACUUGACAUGAGAUUGCAACAAAGGCAAGCAAGAGAAACUGGUAUAUGUCCAGUACGUCGGGAGCUUUAUACACAAUGUUUCGAUGAAAUAAUACGUCAGGUGACGGUAAAUUGUGCAGAACGUGGAUUGCUUUUACUUAGAAUUCGAGAUGAACUGAAAAUGACAUUAGCUGCAUACCAGACUUUGUAUCAAAGUAGUAUUGCUUUCGGUAUGCGUAAAGCUCUACAAGCUGAACAAGGAAAGGAAGAUUUAAUUGCUGCUGCAGAUGAGCUACAAUUACAAAAAGUUGAAUUAGAAAAAGCAGUUGUUGAACUGAAACAGAAAUUUGAACAGUCUGAAAGAAGAGCUGCUGAACUGAGGGAAGCUGAAGAAAAGAAGCACAUGGAAGAAAUACAAUUCCUGAAAAAGACAAACCAACAGUUAAAGACACAGUUAGAGGGUAUUAUUGCACCAAAGAGAUAA